UACAUCCAGAGGAAAUGACAAACCAGAGGCGCUCCGCGGGCCACCUUGUCAAAUAACAACAGUAAUCAUGAGCUUUAGAUCGAGCCGCUCACCCGAACGGGACAUGUGAACGAGUCAACGAGCCGUCCGCCCGUCAUUUGGUUUAUCGGCCUCAAAACUUGGGAGUUGACUCGCUGAAUGGACGUGGAUGGACUGGAGUGACUUCCACUUAUACCGGACUGAGCGAGGGAGCGAAAGAAACAUCUACAUGUUCAAGUUUCCUGCUCAGACCACAGGGGCAUUGGUGCGCGUGUGUGUUGGAUGUGCGUGAGUGUGUGUGGAGGUGUGUGUUGGGUUGCGCUCGCAGGAGCGGCGGUGGUGGUGGCCGCGGGAAACGAAGUUGGACGCAGUGAUUUUUGACUUCUUUUUUUCCUCACUCCUCUCUAUCGUGCUGUUGUCAUGUCACAACAAGGGACAGGUGGAUUAACGUUUCCCUGAUGAAAAUUAAUCGUCUGUGCAGAGGCUCGGUGAUCGUGACUGUAAUGAUGAUGUCGAGUAAGAGCGUGGGGUGGCUGCAGGACGAGCUGGAGUCCGGGGCCAGCUCUCUGCUGCUGCUGGACUGCAGAUCCCAUGAGUUGUUCGAGUCCUCGCACAUCGAGUCGGCCAUCAACCUGGCCAUCCCGGGCCUCAUGCUGCGGAGGCUCAAGAAGGGCAACCUACCCAUCCGAUCUAUCAUUCCUAACAACGAGGACAAGGAGAAAUUUGUCAAGAGGUGCAAGACGGACGUGGUGCUUCUGUACGACGAGGCGACGUCGGAGCGGCAGGAGUCCGUGAUGGGGUGCUCCGUGAUGGGGCUGCUCCUGCAGAAGCUCCGGGACGACGGGUGCAAGGCUUUCUUUUUGGAAGGAGGUUUCAACAAGUUCCAGUCAGAGUAUCCCGAUCAUUGCGAGACCAAUCUGGACUGUUCAUUUCCCAGCAGUUCUCCACCAACCUCUGUCCUCGGACUGGGAGGGCUCCGCAUCAGCUCAGACUGCUCAGAUGGAGAGUCCGACCGCGAGCCGGGAAGCGCCACUGAAUCGGAGGGCAGCCCACUCCCCAACAACCAGUCAGCGUUCCCCGUCCAGAUUCUGCCAUACCUUUACCUGGGCUGUGCCAAAGACUCUACAAACCUUGAUGUGCUCAGCAAGCACAACAUCAAAUACAUCCUCAACGUGACGCCCAACCUGCCCAACAUGUUUGAGCACGAGGGAGACUUCAAGUACAAACAGAUUCCCAUCUCUGAUCACUGGAGCCAAAAUCUUUCACAGUUUUUCCCCGAGGCCAUUUCAUUUAUCGACGAGGCUCGCUCCAAAAAGUGUGGCAUCCUGGUGCACUGUCUGGCCGGGAUCAGCCGUUCGGUCACCGUCACCGUGGCCUACCUGAUGCAGAAGCUCAACCUUUCGCUCAACGACGCUUACGACUUCGUCAAGCGGAAGAAGUCCAACAUUUCCCCAAACUUCAACUUCAUGGGCCAGCUUCUGGACUUUGAGCGGACGCUGGGCCUCAACAGCCCCUGCGACAACCAUGCGGCGUCCCCGCCACACGACCAGCUCUUCUUCACCACCCCGACCAAUCACAACGUGUUUCAGCUGGACACUCUGGAGUCCACUUGAAAAUGAACAUUCGAUAACUGUCCUCUCUUCUUUCAAGAGGUGGGAGGGGUUAUAAGAUGGUGUGGUUACCAUGGUAACAAGUGGCUGCACUGGAUGAGAGCAGCCGGUUUUAUUGAAUGUUUCGGCCUCCCGGGGCUUCUCGCCUAAGAGCCUGGCCAUGGCCCAGGAAUGGAGCGACAGGAGGGGUAAUGGAAGCCACUCCUAAGGAGAAUAACGAGGAUUUUCUUUUAACCCAGAGAGGGGAACUGUGAGUUCAUGACUGAGUUGUUCUCUGUGUUGAUUGAAUUCAAAGAUAAAAAAAAAAGUCCCGAUCAGCUUGUCUUGCCACAAAGAGCACGGGUGACUGAGUUGGCAGGGUGAGACACCGAGCGGCCGCAUCCGAAGCGACCGCUUCAAAGAUGGGAACAUGUAGGCGACCGAGUCUCGGCUCAGGAGCUGAGCCCACUGUUGUUAGGGCAGAGGUACUCGAUGGAAGUCUGACUCUACUGAAUGUAGAGCUUUUAAAAACCAAGGAAUUAACACACACACACACACACACACACACACAACUAAACCAAGUAUAUAUGUUUGUGCUGUAUGUAUGUUAACGUACAUAGCAUAGCAUGUAUGAGAAGUCCUUAAAAUCAGUUUGUCUAUACACAUUUUUGUAUAUUUUUAUGUACAUUUACACACAGAUCUAUACCAUAUAUAUAUAUAUAUAUAUAUAUAUAUAUAUAUAUAUAUAUAUAUACUCAUAUCUUCGUCCAAAAACAAAAUAAUUCAAUCUUUUAAAUAUUUAAGAGGUUGUAAGACUAAAGAAAAGGAAUGGUUGGUUUUUAUUUUUACUUUUUAUUAUUGAUUUUUUUUAUGACAAUGCAGUUUGCACAGUGGUGAAGCCAUCGAAUUGCUGGCACUUGAAGCUAGAGCUGGAAGCGGACAGAUAAAGAGACAUUCAGACAGCAGGAGUGAGCAGAGGAGCAGCCAUUCCCAAGCUGCGACGAGUCCUGACAGCUGCACAGCGAUGUGUGUAUGGUGGGGGGGCAGGAACUGAGCUCAGGGCAGGUCCGGAUUCAAACAGGCAGAGAGGAGUCAGCCCUGCAGGUAGGACUUGUUGUAGAGGAUGGAUCCAUUCCUCCCACAGCUCCCAGUUCCUCUUGUUCUCUCCUCAUCACUGUUCAUUCAGCUGCCAAAGAAGAAGAACCAGUUGUUGCCACCAGCUGUUUGUUUAGCUCCCCAAAAAAGAACUCUCUGUAUUAUUACAGUUAUCACAGUUUUCUGCCAGCUCUGACUUUCUUUUUUUUUUUUUUAAAGAUAGCUUCAUCGAGAGAAGAGAGAGUUACUUUCAUAUCUUUAAAGCACUUAUUUUAGAGCCAAUUGCCAACAGGAAACCAGAACAGGAGGCUGUGGGUGUAAAAGCUGGUGUUCGUGUUGGGAUCCUGGGUUCGGCCUCGUCCACAGACCCACGUCGACUGAUUCAUGUCCCAUACCAGCAAGAGAUGGCUCUUUGUCCGGAUCACCCGUUUUAUCAAAGAAGGUUUUGCCUCAAAGCUUUGGCAGGAUUGAAUAGAUCAAUUAGUAAACAAAAGGAAUUCAUAUCGUCAACAUAAUGGUAUUAUUUCUUACACCUGAGCAUGCUGUGGAGCUGUAGGCUCUGACCAUAGAUAGAAUCACAAGUGGAAUGUUGCUUUACCAUGUCGGACUGCAAACAAACAGACCUGCUUUUUGAAUUUAUCUGCUAAACUUCUGUUGCUAAUGAUAACCACCGCCGUCCGUAUAGUUGGCGCAUUUUCUGAGUUUUCGCCCACAUCUGCCCUUCAAGAAGCAGACUAACUAGGGAUGGAUAUGUUGCUGUGAUUCGAAGAGAAACUCUAAAAACGUGAUUAAGUUCAGCACUUCUGCAGCAUUUUUAAUGAACAGAACUCCACACUAAUUAGACACAUAGGGUAACAUCUGCUGGUGCUUUGAGCAUCCUGAUAGAAACUCAAAUGUACCUCAUGUCACUCUGUUUUCAGAUUGGAUGUAAUUGAGACCUUUUGAAAAACAAGCAUGUUUGCUUUCCUGUUGAGACCUAAAUACAGAAAAACCAACAAAGUUUCUUAGACUUUUUAAUUUUAUAGGAUUAAAUCUGAGGCAAAGAUUUUACAAUAACAUUCAUUAUUGAUGUUUUAUUUUGGUUGAUUUUAGGAAUAGGGUUGGUUUUUCAAGACCCUAUAGGACAUCACACGAGAUCCAACGUUUACAAUUAACUGGAAAAAGGUGCAUCUGUGGACAAAGUGAACAGACACUACCAUCUGGGGGUUUGGAGCUUUGCAGCAGUGGAAUCUGUUGGUUUUAGCUGGCCUUAAAUAUCCUUUGUAACUUGUUUCAAGCUCUGACUGUUCAAUAAUCUUUAUAUCACUCGUUGGAAAUAUGUUUCUGUUAUUUGAAAAAGAACAUCACUUACGGUAACGGGUCAUACGAGGUCAACUUUGUUACUCUGCAAUAUAUCAGAACACCUUAUUUUGCAGUAUUUUGUACAUCUUAAGACCUCCGUGGUUUUGUUUAUUUUUGUCUUCUUUUGUACAGUAUUUGCUCUAAAUAAUUAUAUUAGAUCCAGCUUGUCUGUGGCUGGUGGACUCAAGUUUUCACCUAAAGCCCAUCAGUCAGAUUUCAGUCAGGCCGUUACACACACACACACACACACACACACACACACACACACACACACAAACACACACAGAGAGAGCUGUGGUUCAGCGUGCUACGCUUUCACAACAGAAGACAUUACCACCUGGCUUAAGUAAUUACAGUAUUCCCUGUCAUGUUUUGAUAUAAUGUGCUCUAUGCUAUUCCUGUGGCCUUUAAUAUGACUAUACUGUAUAUCUCAGUAUAUGCGUUUUAAAUUCAUAUGCAAAGUUCCUCUCCUGUUAUAAAACAGCACGACCAUAUCCAAAUGGACUUUUCUCCUGGAGUCGUAGCCCACUCACAAGAGAAAAAUAAAAAUAUGACGAGGACUUAAUCACUUGUACCCAAGGAAUGAAUAUAGUUCGGGACGCAGCUUUUGCUACUUAAGAAGAAUGCAGUUGAUUUAGAGCUGCUUUCUUGGUGUUUUUUGUCUCUUAACGAUGAAAGAGAAAGUCUUUUUCUCUGUUUGUAAAUUUGCCAGAUCACAGGAAUGGAUGUUUCUGUGUCCUUAAACCUGUAGCCGCAGUACUUCUUAGAAAGAAUGUGCUUGUGAGGGGGAAGGUGUGUUUAAGUGAGGACUGAGGAGUGGUGAUGCGAACGAAAAAAGUGAAUGAGUUUGAAAAAUGUUACCUCAGUGAGGAAAUCUUCAGGGAUUUUUUUUUUGGACAAUGCAUCUUACGUCAUGUUACAGCUUCAAAGUCAUGUUGAGUAGCUGUUUUAUAUCGUGCUGUAAACAGUUUUUAAAAGAUGCAAUAUGUCAGUGUAUAAAGAUAUUGAGGGGUGUGUUGACUGGGCAGUUUCACCUUUCUGUCUGUCGAGAGAAAUAUGAUUGACUUUAUGUAUUGUACAGUGUAUGGAAACGACACAAACAUGUUUGUACCGCAAAUAAAUAUUGAAAUAUUAUUUUUCUUUUAA